CGUGUCUCCCCUCAUCAAAUACAACCAUAGCGAACAUCGAUCAACUCUCUUAGUAUGAUUCGUGCCACACUCGCAUUGUUCCUAUGAUGGGAGUGGCCCUAGUAAUUUCUAGCAUCCACAGACCCAAAACACAUCGGACGAAAAGGAAUAAGCUAUGGACUAGUAUCGGGACAGAGCUUGUGGUCCCACACACAAUGCAACUCCACUGCUGUGGAUAAUGCCACAAUUCAUGAGUACUCCCAUCUCAUCUAGAUUUAGCGACCUCCCAACUGAGCUCGUCCUUCUCAUAUUCAAAUAUGUUGCUCAAGCAACUUUUACUCAACCCGACACUUAUGCUACCAAAAAUCCAUACUCAUCUGCCCUUUCACUAUCUCGCGUCUCUAGAAUGGUCAGGCGCACUGUGAUGCCAGAACUUCUGCACACAGUAUUAUUGCCAGGAGCUCGCCACGUAACAGCUUUCAUACGGGCUCUACGUAUGCAGAAAACAUACCUCCAUCAACAACAGGAUGAUCUAAUUCUUGAUUACGCAUCUUGCGUGCACAGGAUGUGGAUCGGAGAAUUUUAUGGGCCUUUGCGAGACAUAAAACCUUCCUUCAUUAACAGCGUUACCCCUUCUACUGCUAAGCCUGAAUCAGAAUCAGAUGUCAGCCUACUGGCUCCGGUGAUCCUUGCCGUACCCUCCCUCGCGAUCGAAUUUGCAAGUCUGGACGUGCUUUUAGGCUGCCUCAGAUAUGCGUGUAACUCCAAUGUCAACUCGAAUGUCAACCACAGAAAUUCCCUGUUUCCUUGGAGCACGAAAAGUUUAACACUAUCUGGUAGUAUCAAUUAUCAAUGGUGGCCCUUCAUGGGGACUAUCCAUGGAUAUACUUUCCUCGCUUCCAUUCAACACUUUACCUUACUCACUUCCUCGUCCUACGAAAUGCAUCGACACUUCAUGGGCACUUGCGCCAGCAACAUUAGUCCUCUAGACUCUGAACCCUACAGAGUGCCUGUGUGGAUGGCACGGGCUCCUUUCAAGAAACUUCAGACAUUUUCGAUGCUCAUUCCGCACAGGGAACCUCCGGUCACUCAAUGUGCCCCUGCGUCUAGCGCAAAGGCGAUAUGGGCAGAGCUGGUCACGUUCCCCGCUUCUCUCCUGCCGGACCAUUGGACACUCAAGGAAAUCAGGACGUUUAUGGAGACUCAGGAGGACACUAUUCCAUUUAUUCCACUACCACUGUCCUGUUCUCGCAAGUUGUGUGUACUUUGUUUGGAUCGCGAAAGGAUUUGGGCACGUGGAUGUGAGGGCCCUGGGCCACUGAUACAAGUGUCAGACUGAAUAACAUAUAUAUAUGUACUUGUUCGCAAUCGGUUGUUUGAUUUACUGUACACUACUACACUCGGACAUGAUCACAUUUUUCUGACUUGCCUGUUACAACCAAUU